AUGGAAAAGGCUCUUCUGAGGGGACAAUUAUAUGCUUACUCAAAGCUCGAUCAUGAAGACCCAGAAGAGAAAAAACAUCGGCAGGCACAGUUCUUGAUCCAUAAAGUACUUUUUCAGGCGGAUAAUCUAAGAAGACCAUCGUUUUUUAGAAUCAGGAUAUGCAAGCUGAAGGUUAAGAUUGGGAAGAGACUAAAGAAGCUGAGGAAGAGCGUGUUGUUGGGAAUAUCUGCGGCUAGAGUUGGUGUUUACAAACGAGUAAUCAUUUAUAUGAAAGCAUGGAAGCGGCUGUUUCACCGUGGGCAGAUCAUUCUUUUGAAGAAGUUCUUACACGAUCAAUUUACAAUUAAAGACUUGGAACCAUUGAAAUGUUUUCUUGGUCUAGAAAUAGCAAGAUCUAAAACUAACAUUUCACUUUGUCAACGAAAAUAUGCCUUGGACAUAUUACAAAAUACUGGUAACCUUGGCUCAAAACCUGCUGCUUUUCCAAUAGAAUCAAAUCUCAAACUCACUGUUGAUGAUCUAGAGCUUUAUGAAGAUCCAUCAAAGUAUAGGAGACUGAUUGGUAGAUUGUUAUACUUGACAAUUACCAUACCAGAUCUUGCCUAUUCUAUCCAAGUGUUAAGUCAAUUUCUAGCAAAACCAGCUGUUAGUCAUCACAAAGCAGCAAUGAGGGUCCUCAGGUAUCUGAAAGCUACACCAGGGCAAGGUUUGUUUUUCUCAUCAUCAUCAAAACUUCAACUCAAAGCCUUCUCAAACAGUGACUGGGCAUGCUGCCUCGACAUUAGGAGAAGCAUAACAGGUUUUGCAAUAUUUUUAGACAAUUCCCUAAUUUCUUGGAAGUCCAAAAAGCAAGCCACAAUUAGUAGAUCCUCUGUUGAAGCAGAGUAUCGAGCUCUUGCAGCUACAACAUGUGAGGUGCAAUGGUUGGUCUAUGCCUUGCAGGACUUGCAGAUUGAUCAUCAACAACCCACAGCUCUAUACAUAGAUAGCAAAUCAGCAAUGUCUAUUGCCACCAACCCAGUUUAG